CGCAGAUCCAGGACGCCAUCGGACGUGCGGCGGUGAUUUUUGUAACUACAACGUCACAAUCGUAUCCCUAUAACACGUACGGCGUGGGUCGGAAUAGGUCCAUCAUCCCACGUUCAUCUUGACCCUGCACUUCAUAUCUCCUUCCGCAGCGUACGACGUACGCUAUGUUCAAGUUAGGACACUCGAAGCACGCCGCCCCUGAAAGCCACGGCAAGAACUUGAAGCCUCACAAGGAGACCGUCGUCGUCGCGGGCCUGCCCGUAAACGUCUUCUCCGACCGUGGCGCGACCAAGCCGGAGACACCUGUUGCGGUCAUGUUCUUGCUGCAUGGUCGGACAGGAUCAGCGAAGAGAAUGGAGACGUACGUGAACGAUUUCUUUGAGGAGAUUAGGGCGCGGAGGAGCGCCCAUAAGGGGUCGCAGGACCUGAUUAUCGUCACGAUCGACCAAAGGAACCAUGGCGCUCGGAUGGUCGACGAGCGCGCGAACAUGGGCUGGUUCUCUGAACCAGAGAAGAACAACGAGCGGCACGCGAUUGACAUGUAUGCUAUACAAACCGGGACAGCUCAAGACGUAUCGUUCCUUAUCGACUUUCUGCCUUCGUACCUCUUCCCGAAUGGGGAGCGGACGAUAUCCCAGUGGCUGUGUGCGGGGAAAAGUCUGGGAGGUCAUUCGACCUGGAUCGUUCUCAAGAACGACCCCAGGGUCAAGAUUGGCAUCCCGAUCAUAGGAUGCCCCGAUUACCUCACGCUCAUAUCCAAGAGGGCAAAGGCGCACAAGCUACCAGUUGGCCCUCCGUACUUGCCAGACUCUUUGAUUGAGCUCAUCAGGCGCGCCGACCCCGCCGCAGCUCCCUACACGGCGACGGAUGAGUCCAACCCGUUCCUCGGAAAGAAGAUCCUGGUCUUGUCCGGGCAGGACGACAAGAUCGCUCCGUUCUCUUCUUCGAAGGAAGUCGUCGAGAAGUUAAAUGUAGGAAAGCAUGGCUUGAAGGAGGUCAUUGUCGAGCCGGGGGUAGGCCACGAUCUCUCUCCGGCAAUGCUCAAGGAGGCUGCGAGGUUUAUUUGGGAGCAAGCACUCGUCGCCUGACUUGGGCCCGAAUCCCCCGCAGGCUCAUCGUUUGCCUUGCAAACGCUGUGAUAGACUGAGUACGAGACGCACGUGACCAAGCAACGGUUGUUUUCGUUGUUUCGUACUUGGUUCCUUGUGUCCUCGACACCCUCAGUUUGCGUCUGGUUGUCUUUCUCAUUCGUCUCUAUUCAUAGUAAUCGAACAAAAUG